GCGUUCAUCUCUAUUGUAUAAAACAAUUACCAAAACUCGCAGAGACUUAAGUGCAACUCCCUACAAAAAUGACGUCUAUUGCCGGCGGACAUGGCGAAACAAAUCCAAACAGCUCUUGGCUAAGUGCCCGUGGUUUCUGGCUUGCUUAUUUUCUUGGAUUGCUCUUUGUGCAUUUGCUGCUCUUAUCAGUGCCCUUUGUUACAAUUUCUGCCGCCUGGACCGCAACUAAUUUGCUGCACAACGUAGCACACUUGUAUUUUCUACAUAUAGUCAAAGGAGCUCCUUGGCUAAGUAUCGAGAAUGACGCCAGUCGGCAAUGGACACACUGGGAGCAAAUAGAUGAUGGCGUUCAAUUAACUCCAACUCGAAAAUUUCUAACUGCUGUGCCAAUUGUUCUAUUCCUUUUGACAUGUCUGUACACCCGUAACAGCACUGAGCAUUUCAUUGCAAAUUUUAUAUCCUUGGUUGUUGUCACGCUGCCAAAGUUGCCGCAGUUCCAUGGUGUUCGAUUGUUUAAUAUUAAUAAGUACUAAAAUGCAGUCGCAUAUAUGAAUGUAAAUAAUUUCUGCCAGGCAGGUGGGCUUAUCGUUCAAUGAGUUCAAUGUAUAUACUAUUUAUAGAUAAUAGACUAAGCAGGUAGCUGGCAUUUAACUGGCUGUUGGAUUUGUGUAAAUAUACUUCUGUUUACCACUGACUAA